CAGGAGAUGACCGACAACGCCUCCAACAGCUUCGUGUGUGUGCAGGAUCAGGUGUUCGUGUCCUCUGAGACCUGUUACCUUAGGAGGGUCGACCCAAACACUCUCGACACCAAGGAGAAGGUGGAUCUGAACAAGCUGAUGAGUGUGAACUUCGCUUCCUCACAUCCUAUGACGGAUUCCACCGGCACCACGUACAACCUAGGGUGUUCCUUCCUCAGUGGUCCUAAGUACAACAUCGUCCGGAUACCUCCCUCUAAGGACAGCAACCUCAGUGGUACGUGGGACAGCUUGAGUACGUGGGCGUGUAAAAGAUGAGUACGUGGGUAAUGG